GGGUAUUCCCGUGUCCCGCUCGGAAGCACUCGGCAAUCGCUCGGCCUCCCCCAUCCCCCGGUAACGGUCGCUGGUGAGUUUAAAUGAGCCGGGGCUGGCCGGGCCGGAGCCGCUACAGGGGGGGCCUGAGGCACUGCAGAAAGUGGGCCUGAGCCUCGAGGAUGACGGUGCUGCAGGAACCCGUCCAGGCUGCUAUAUGGCAAGCACUAAACCACUAUGCUUACCGAGAUGCGGUUUUCCUCGCAGAACGCCUUUAUGCAGAAGUACACUCAGAAGAAGCCUUGUUUUUACUGGCAACCUGUUAUUACCGCUCAGGAAAGGCAUAUAAAGCAUAUAGACUCUUGAAAGGACACAGUUGUACUACACCGCAAUGCAAAUACCUGCUUGCAAAAUGUUGUGUUGAUCUCAGCAAGCUUGCAGAAGGGGAACAAAUCUUAUCUGGUGGAGUGUUUAAUAAGCAGAAAAGCCAUGAUGAUAUUGUUACUGAGUUUGGUGAUUCAGCUUGCUUUACUCUUUCAUUGUUGGGACAUGUAUAUUGCAAGACAGAUCGGCUUGCCAAAGGAUCAGAAUGUUACCAAAAGAGCCUUAGUUUAAAUCCUUUCCUCUGGUCUCCCUUUGAAUCAUUAUGUGAAAUAGGUGAAAAGCCAGAUCCUGACCAAACAUUUAAAUUCACAUCUUUACAGAACUUUAGCAACUGUCUGCCCAACUCUUGCACAACACAAGUACCUAAUCAUAGUUUAUCUCACAGACAGCCUGAGACAGUUCUUACGGAAACACCCCAGGACACAAUUGAAUUAAACAGAUUGAAUUUAGAAUCUUCCAAUUCAAAGUACUCCUUGAAUACAGAUUCCUCAGUGUCUUAUAUUGAUUCAGCUGUAAUUUCACCUGAUACUGUCCCACUGGGAACAGGAACUUCCAUAUUAUCUAAACAGGUUCAAAAUAAACCAAAAACUGGUCGAAGUUUAUUAGGAGGACCAGCAGCUCUUAGUCCAUUAACCCCAAGUUUUGGGAUUUUGCCAUUAGAAACCCCAAGUCCUGGAGAUGGAUCCUAUUUACAAAACUACACUAAUACACCUUCUGUAAUUGAUGUGCCAUCCACCGGAGCCCCUUCAAAAAAGUCUGUUGCCAGAAUCGGCCAAACUGGAACAAAGUCUGUCUUCUCACAGAGUGGAAAUAGCCGAGAGGUAACUCCAAUUCUUGCACAAACACAAAGUUCUGGUCCACAAACAAGUACAACACCUCAGGUAUUGAGCCCCACUAUUACAUCUCCCCCAAACGCACUGCCUCGAAGAAGUUCACGACUCUUUACUAGUGACAGCUCCACAACCAAGGAGAAUAGCAAAAAAUUAAAAAUGAAGUUUCCACCUAAAAUCCCAAACAGAAAAACAAAAAGUAAAACUAAUAAAGGAGGAAUAACUCAACCUAACAUAAAUGAUAGCCUGGAAAUUACAAAAUUGGACUCUUCCAUCAUUUCAGAAGGGAAAAUAUCCACAAUCACACCUCAGAUUCAGGCCUUUAAUCUACAAAAAGCAGCAGCAGAAGGUUUGAUGAGCCUUCUUCGUGAAAUGGGGAAAGGUUAUUUAGCUUUGUGUUCAUACAACUGCAAAGAAGCUAUAAAUAUUUUGAGCCAUCUACCUUCUCACCACUACAAUACUGGUUGGGUACUGUGCCAAAUUGGAAGGGCCUAUUUUGAACUUUCAGAGUACAUGCAAGCUGAAAGAAUAUUCUCAGAGGUUAGAAGGAUUGAGAAUUAUAGAGUUGAAGGCAUGGAGAUCUACUCUACAACACUUUGGCAUCUUCAAAAAGAUGUUGCUCUUUCAGUUCUGUCAAAAGACUUAACAGACAUGGAUAAAAAUUCGCCAGAGGCCUGGUGUGCUGCAGGGAACUGUUUCAGUCUGCAACGGGAACAUGAUAUUGCAAUUAAAUUCUUCCAGAGAGCUAUCCAAGUUGAUCCAAAUUAUGCUUAUGCCUAUACUCUAUUAGGGCAUGAGUUUGUCUUAACUGAAGAAUUGGACAAAGCAUUAGCUUGUUUUCGAAAUGCUAUCAGAGUCAAUCCUAGACAUUAUAAUGCAUGGUAUGGUUUAGGAAUGAUUUAUUACAAGCAAGAAAAAUUCAGCCUUGCAGAAAUGCAUUUCCAAAAAGCGCUUGAUAUCAACCCUCAAAGUUCAGUUUUACUUUGCCACAUUGGAGUAGUUCAACAUGCACUGAAAAAAUCAGAGAAGGCUUUGGAUACCCUAAACAAAGCCAUUGUCAUUGAUCCCAAGAACCCUCUAUGCAAAUUUCACAGAGCCUCAGUUUUAUUUGCAAAUGAAAAAUAUAAGUCUGCUUUACAAGAACUUGAAGAAUUGAAACAAAUUGUUCCCAAAGAAUCCCUCGUUUACUUCUUAAUAGGAAAGGUUUACAAGAAGUUAGGUCAAACGCACCUCGCCCUGAUGAAUUUCUCUUGGGCUAUGGAUUUAGAUCCUAAAGGAGCCAAUAACCAGAUUAAAGAGGCAAUUGAUAAGCGUUAUCUUCCAGAUGAUGAGGAGCCAAUAACCCAAGAAGAACAGAUCAUGGGAACAGAUGAAUCCCAGGAGAGCAGCAUGACAGAUGCGGAUGACACACAACUUCAUGCAGCUGAAAGUGAUGAAUUUUAACUUCUGGAAAUCAGACUUUUACAACUGGAUGUGUGACUAGUGCUGACAUGUUUCUUGUCCCUCUGUAUACUGAGUCUUUACUCUUGAGCUGGCGGUGUCAUCGUCCGUCACUUAUACCAUGAGUGUGCCACUUUCAUUGGACCCUGACUGUAUACAGAAUGAAAGGCAGUGCAAUAUUUAGCUGCUAACAAGACUGGCUCUUUUACCAGUAUGAAUGACAAUUUAUGGGGGGUAGGGUGGGGAACUUUCUUUUCUGUUUUUCUUUAAUCUCCCUUUGUUGGAAAGUAUCAUGAAAGGAAGAGUUAUGUUUUAUCUUGAAGGAACCAUUAGAUAUGGAAAAUAGUGAUGAACCAGAGUUUCUUGGUUGCUUUUUCAAAAAUUUGUUUUUAUUUGGUUCUGUUCCUGAUAAACAGAGUAACUGACCUUCAUUUCUAGGUUCUUCAAGAAUGGUGUUUGCAAGUGCCAGAUGGAACAAUAAAAGACGUUGCCUAUAACAGUGA